CCUGGGGAGUGAAACGUCCCAGGCACUCUGGGGUGCACAAAGCGCAGGCGCAGUGGGUUGGGUGGCAGCAGCAUCAAGUAGCGGCCGUUUUGCCAGCAGCAUCCGCAACAGGUGUAGACAGGUGCCGCCUGAUUCCAUCCUGGAAAGUCCUUUUGAAGAAAUGGCCCUGGUGAGGGGCGGCUGGCUGUGGAGACAGAGCUCCAUCCUCCGCCGCUGGAAGCGAAACUGGUUCGCCCUGUGGCUGGAUGGGACCCUGGGCUACUACCAAGACGAGACUGCGCAGGAUGAGGAGGACCGCGUGCUCAUCCACUUCAAUGUCCGAGACAUAAAGAUCGGCCAAGAGUGCCAUGAUGUGCAGCCCCCAGAGGGCCGGAGCCGAGACGGCCUGCUGACGGUGAACCUACGGGAGGGCGGCCGCCUGCACCUCUGCGCAGAGACGCGGGAUGACGCCAUAGCAUGGAAGACAGCGCUGAUGGAGGCGAACUCCACCCCGGUGCGUGUCUACAGCCCGUACCAGGACUACUAUGAGGUGGUGCCCCCCAACGCGCACGAGGCCACAUAUGUCCGCAGCUACUACGGACCGCCCUACGCAGGCCCUGGCGUGACGCACGUGGUAGUGCGGGAGGAUCCCUGCUACAGCGCGGGCGCCCCGCUGGCCAUGGGCAUGCUCGCCGGGGCCGCCACGGGCGCCGCGCUCGGUUCGCUUAUGUGGUCGCCCUGCUGGUUCUGAGCCCUGGAACUCGGAGCGUGGACCCUGUGCAUAGACCAACAGUCCCCUUUUCCUCCUUGACCUCAUCCUCUGCCAUCUAAGCCCUGACCCACUUUGGCCCCUCCUUUCCAUUAGCCCCUUCUAGGCUUGGAUCGUCCCUCUACUCCGCCCCCCUCAACCCCCAUCGGAAGAAGCUAUCACCCCAGGCACAAACAUAGCUCAAAGUCCUUUAUCUACCGCUAGACACCCCAUAAAUCCGUUAUAGACACAUGGAUAUGCUUCCUCCAAACACAUCAAGACACAGAAAACACAACUCACGUGGCUUCAAGUUCCCCAGGCGCUGGAGACACAGGAGUCAGGUUCUUUCCUCUGGCAGCUCCAGGCUUGGUGGGGAAAACACGAGUAAGCAAACACUUGACAACGCAGAGCAAUCAGUCCUUUGACACAUGAGAGCAGAGAGGGAGGAAAGUAGGCUAGGAGUAAGGUUGUUGGCAAGAGUGCAGAGCCAUGAACAUCAUGGCAUGUCCAAGGAAUGGAAGGGGAGUUCAGUUGGGCUGGGGUUGGGGCAGGGGUCAGAUCACAGUGGCCUUCCAGGCUAAGGAGCUUGCUGGGUAAAGGGGAGAUGUGAACUUUUUGGAGGGAAGUUUCAUGAUUGCAUUUUUUGUUUUAUUACUAAUGACAUACCCAAAUCUAAACACUUCCUGGUUUUAGCCCCACCCUUCCCACUACCAGCUUCCUGGGUCUCCUGUUCCAUCAGUACUCAGAAAGCACCUGUUUCCCAUGUCAGGGUGCCUGGGGCGGCAACUGAGCUGAACCUGGGGUCCCCUUGCUGGGGGGAGGGGAGUUUUGUUUGGGACCUCCAGCCCUAGGAUGGUGCCUCCAUCAGAAAAUGCAUUUCUGGUCCCCAGGAGCUUGACCCUCUGUUCAUAGCUGUCGCUGUCACCAUCUCAGGCUUUGUCUCUUCCUUCACUUUGGGGAAGAUGGCAGUGUUCACCUCUGGGGCCUGAUCUACCUUUGUCUCAACCUGGAAGGCCCCACAUGUGCCCCCCCCCCCCCCCGCAGAUGGCCCAGCCGGCUCCCCAUGUGGCCCCCUUCCAACCCCACCCCCCCAUCCUGUCCCAAUUGCCCAUAGAAAUGCUAACAUCCUUGCCCAGUAGCCAGAGUAGCCUGCUAAAGUUCCCUAGUAGAUGGGGGCUCCAGUGGCUUUGCUGCAGAAACUAAUAAAGAUGUGGUUGGCUCUA